CAUAUAUUCCUCAACUGAUCCACCAUUAGAUUCGCACCGCCUAUUUGACUGUCGCAACAAAUUCACCCUUCCAAACCAAACAAAAAAACAAUCCACCAACAACCUUUCCAACCUUUCUUCCUUCUUUCUCGCGUCAACUCUACUUUGCCUUCCUGCGGAUCCUUGCCAUCCGAUUUCGGGAGGGAGUGGGGAAAUGGAAGGCCUGCUCUUACCCACCGAUCAGCAGAGUAUGGUCUCCUCCUUCCUCGAGAUUGCUGUUGGCCAAACUGCUGAGACUGCUACCCUAUUUUUGCAGGCCACGAGUUGGAAGCUUGAGGAUGCUAUUCAGCUGUUUUAUGUCGGUAAUGAAGGAGGAGCGGCUGGACCACCCUCUAUACCUUCUCCACCCACUACAAAUGAACAAAUCAAUUCUUCAACCGGUCAGACAUUCAAUGAAUCUGGAAAACAUGUGGGAGCUGGUACAUUUGGACAAUAUGAGGAUCAGGUCCGCCCUCCCUUACCUGUUAUAAGGGAAGCUCUUUAUGAUGAUGCAAUGCUGUAUGGAACAACUAUGAGCUAUCUGCCAAAUGAAUCUGGCUCAUCAGUAGGAUUCCGGAACUUGCAAAAUGAAGUGAAACAUCAUGAUGUUUGGAACUCGGAAGAAGGUGCAGCAUCAACAAGUGGCAAUUCUCGAGAUAAUUUGGCUUCUCUAUACCGCCCUCCUAACCAUUUGAUGUUCAAUGGGCCCUUUGAAAAGGCAAAAGGUGCUGCCUGCGUCCAGGACAAGUGGCUGGUUGUAAAUCUGCAGUCCACCAAGGAAUUCAGCUCGCACAUGCUUAACCGGGAUACAUGGGCAAAUGAAGCUGUUUCUCAAACCAUAACUACCAAUUUUAUUUUUUGGCAGGUAUAUGACGAUUCAACUGAAGGCCAAAAGGUUUGCACCUAUUAUAAACUAGAAUCAAUUCCUGCUGUUCUUGUCAUCGACCCCAUCACAGGUCAAAAAAUGCACUCUUGGUUUGGAAUGGUUCAACCUGAACGUUUACUUGAGGAUCUAUUGCCCUUCAUGGAUGGAUGUCCAAAGUAUCAUCAUGUCACCUUAUCUCAUAAACGUCCAAGGGAGAGUUCCUUGACUCCACCGAAAGUUAAAGAAGAGGAUCAUGAGGAGGAUGAGGAAGUGCAACGUGCAUUGGCAGUUUCUCUGGAAGGCAUAAAAGAAAUGGUCAAAUUAUCUUCUGAGGAUAACAAGGAUGCAAAAACUACUGAGAAGGAAGAAGAGAGGCGCCCAACUUAUCCACCAUUGGCCGAAGAACCCAAAGGUGACAGAAAUCUUCUUUGCAGGAUUGGAGUCCGUCUUCCUAAUGGACGUAGAUGCCAAAGGAAUUUUCUCCGGACGGAUCCAAUCCAGUUGCUUUGGUCUUUCUGUUCUUCUCAGUUAGAGGAAGGGGAGACGAAACUUUUCAAGUUGACACAUGCAAUACCAGGAGCUACAGAGUUUCUAGACUAUGAUACCAAAAUGACAUUUGAGGAAUCAGGGCUUGCCAACUCAAUGAUCUCUGUCACUUGGGACUGAGAAUCAACAUAGUUGGGGAGUUGUGUGAGUUGAAUUUACCAUUCUCUGCUUCCCCCCCUCCCAUGCAUGUGAGCGUGGAUGUGGUGCUGGUCUAUCUGACUUUAUUAUGGGUAGUGGUAACAAUGGAAAAUUUCUGGUGGCUUUUUGCGGUGUCGUUUUGCAAUCUUAAAAUCCGAGAAAUGUAAACUGGAUUCACUGGACAACCUUUGAGGCUUAUUGAUAAUAUAUAUAAAGUUCUAAAUGUUGAGAGUUGUCUUUGA